ACUGAGGUAAUUUGCAGACUGUCUUGGCAAAUGUCACAUGGAGAGAAAACAGGAGAUCUGCAGCCCGUUCGUUCCACGGCGCAACAGCACUGGGAGGAAAACGAGUGCAGAAAUAGUCAGCGAAGCCAGACAGUCCCUGCGAGUCCAGUCCACCCAGCGACCGUUCACUCCCAGAGAUGGACACCGGCAACUUUUUGAAAAGAGCUCUGUACGUGCCGACCGGGACAGCAGACCUCCAUCCGCCUUUAGUCUUCAUGCUCAAAAUUUUGAUGCUCCGGACUCCAGGCCAGGUUCAGGGACUCGCCUCUCUCCUCUGGACCAUAAGCCAAAGUUUCCAGUCCCCUGUGAUGUUGAGGAUCCAUUCAAGGCCUUCCCCAAACCCCCCACUGACCCACUGGAAGGGAAGAGGGGGCUGCCAGGGGCGCGGGCACGCCUCCUUCGGGCUGGAUCGCUCACCAUGUUGGCUCCUGUAGAGGGACAAAAAGAUGGCCCAGGACAAAAGCAGCUGUCAGCUAAACGACUCCCCAGCACAGACCACACCGAGGUCUGCAGUAGUCCCCACAAACCUGGCCCACGCAGAACAGCAAGUGAAAGUAGAAUAAAGCAGCCCAGUGUUGACUCAGGCGUUAGACUCACAGGGUGCAGAGCAGGACGGAGAGCAGAGCCGGGGAAUGAAGACAACAGCACCACAAGCACAGAGGAGGAUGCAGAGUCACUGGUGUGGAAUAAUGUGAUUGCUCCUCUUCUCCAACAACUAGAGAGUGUGGCUGCAGGCAGCUCCGAGGGCUCGGUGGACCGUCUGUGUGAUUUGUGUGACGGUCUCCACGGCGCCUUGGCAGAAGCGGACAUGCUCGGCCGACGCUGUAAGAGGAGGUCAGGGAUACUUCGAACGCUGUUCCGCCUCAUCGACCUCAACUCGGCCCAGCUCAACCUGCACAUCGCCAAGCUCUGCCUCGCUCUGUGUGUCAGUGGAAACAACCUGCUCAACAUCUGUAAGCUCAUCUUCCAGAUCAGCCGCAGUGAAAGCAACGACAUCCUCUUCCAGCACAACUCCAUCAUAGACUCGUUUCUGGGCGUUUUGAGCAAAGAGGAUGUGUCCUCAUCUGGAGAAGCUCUGCUCUACUGUGUUGGGACUCUGAAAUUCCUCUCAGGAAACGGUGCGAUCCUCAGACUCCUGCUGGACAAGAACUGUGUCGGUGUGGCUCAGAAACUCAUCCAGAGGCUCCGCGCGGCAGACGACGCCAACUUCACUGUAGCAGGACACAUCCUUGUGCAGCUGACAGCAACCUUGAGGAACCUUGCAGAUCACCCUGAUUCCCGUCCACUCUUCGUCUCCUUCUCUAUACUACCUGAGCUCUGUCUGGUGCUGCGUCAUCACCACAAAGACCCGGACAUCUGCACCAACAUUUCCAGAAUAUACAGUAAACUCUCCUCUUACUCGGAGUGCCGCCUCGCUCUGGCCCAGACCCCCGACUGCUACCAACUAUUUUUAGAACUGCUGAGCAAACAUCACCAAAAACAGGACCUCGUCGUGCGCCUUCUGUUCACCCUCGGGAACCUCACAGCCAAAAGCGAGGAGGCUCGGCUGGAGCUUUUUCAGUGUGACGGCUGCAUGGACACACUGCUGCAGCUGUACGACGCCUACCAGCGCAGAGACGGCUCACCACACACACACCCACAGAAAGGUCCCCCUUCACCCAGCCGGCCUCAGGCGCCUCCAGUGAGUGUGCAGGAGGGUGAGGAUGUGCUGGUGAAGCUGGUCAGGGUGUUGGCCAACAUGUGCAUCCACCCGGCUGUGGGUCCAGCUCUGGCUGCCAACACAACCUGCAUUCAGCUGCUGAUGGAGACACUGGAGCUGAGGUCUGCGCAGGAGAGCGGGGAGCUGCUGGUGAAUGUGGCCGCCACCAUCAACAACCUGUCCUUCUACCAGGAGGACAGCUCUGUGCUCAGAGACAGUCAGCUCACCAUGGCCAAGUUGAUGUUGAAGUUGGUGCUCAGCUCCAGUAUGGACGCCAUGCUCGAGGCCACCCGUGUUUAUGGAAAUCUGUCACAGUCCAAGGAUGUACGGGACUUCAUCAUGCAAAACAAAGUGCACCACUUUGUAGUGACGCUGCUCGACUCUAAAAGCACUGAGAUGUGUUUUUCAGCCUGCGGGAUCCUCACCAACCUGGCUCUGGACCCUCCCAACAGGGUCAGGCUCUCAGCGGAGGGGGCUGCUGCCAAGCUUGUGGACUGUCUGAAAGACUUGGGACCAGGUGAUUGGCAGCUGGCGGGCCAGGUCUGUCAGGCAUUGUGGAACCUGAUCUGCGGCGGCUCAGAGACGCUGCCGGACACGCAGGAGAGAGAGUCACUGCUGGAGAUCCUCAGCACAUACUCAGAUGAAGAGGAGGCUCUGAAGUGGAUAGAGAAUGAAGAUAUGAGGGACUUCCACAAGGCAUGCUGGGAGUUGGAGUUCCUACCUGUAGCUCAAAAACUGAUGAAGACGCUCCAGCCUCCGGACCGGACAGCCUGACGAACUGGAACAUAAAGGGACACAGUGGGAGUUAAUAAGAGUUUCAUGUUGUCAUGGAAACCUUAGCAUUGU